AUGAAUGACAACGACAAGACUGCCGCCACGCAACCGGCGCUGAAUACACCCAGCAACAAUGCAGAAACCCAUCUCGACUUCAGUGUGGAAGAGCGCGAAGCGUACGAGUAUUGGGGCUAUCUGUUCAAGCCGGACAAGACUGGCACCGACAAAUUGAAGAAUCUCCUGCGAGGCCUGAAAGAUUUGAUGCGUGUACACUACGAGCCCUCCGACUGCAAUGAUCUAACCCCCAUCCAACUCGCCCACUUCUACCGCGAGCUCGACGGCAACUACGAUCAACUCUUCCUCGGCACCCCGAGCGAGAGCAUCGCCUUCAUCUACAAGUCUCUCGGCUGCUUGCAUUCUCUGCAACCUCUCCCUCAGUCCACCGCCUUCACCAACCCCACUGUACCCGCGCUGAAAACCGAGGGCUGGAUCAUGUGGCAGACCAUCCAAAUACUCCUGGGCCCCGAAGAGCACUCCGGCUUCUUACGAGAGGCGGUGCAAAAAUGGAAUAUCACGGAUCCCAGCACGGGGGAGUUCUUUCCCAAGCUUCUCCCGCGACAAUGUUUCCCACUGGAGCCGGACAAGCACAUGGUCGCAUGGUAUCAUGGUGUCUCGGAGCGCUUGAGAAAAGAGGCGGAAGAGGAGGAGCAGCAACGGCAUGUAGAAGCUGAACAAGCCGAAGUCAGACGAAUCCAGUACCGAAAACGUCGAGAGGAUGCGGAUGACAACGAGUCCGUGGAUUCCAGAGGCCCCGCCAUGGCCUACUUCCGCAACCCGCUGUACCGUCAGGAUGGCCGGCCGACCAUCGUGCAGCGUGGCGGCAAACGCCCCCAGCUAAGUCCU